AUGUAUUUGGAAACAAAAAGAGCUAUUUUUGUUUGUUGGAUUUUUCUACAAGUUCAAGGAAGCAAAGACACUUCCAAUAAAAUAUAUCAAACUACAGAUCUAGCCAAUUUUCCAAGAAUGGAAAUGCCUGAGAGUACUGCAAACCCAUUCCAAGUGUCAACCAUGAGACGAAUAUUUGAUUUGGCAAAACUUCGAACCAAAAGAUCGACACUCUUCCCACCUGGAGUUCAUGUCUGUCCACAGGAAUCCAUGAGGAAGAUUGUAGCCAGUCUUCAAGCUUAUUAUAGAUUGAGAGUGUGCCAGGAAGCAGUGUGGGAGGCAUAUCGGAUCUUUCUGGACCGCAUCCCUGACACAGGUGAAUACCAGGACUGGGUCAGCCUGUGCCAGCAGGAGACCUUCUGCCUCUUUGACAUUGGGAAAAACUUCAGCAAUUCCAAGGAGCAUUUGGAUCUUCUUCAGCAGAGAAUAAAACAGAGAAGCUUCCCCGAGAGCAAAGAUGAACUGUCUCCUGAGCAGACACAGACAGUGACUGCAAAGACUCCUGCACACUCUCCAGAUGCUGUCGAUGUCUCACUUAGCCCCUUUCCUCUGAUUCCUGAUGACACACACGACAACGAAAUCUUCAAUGACACUCUGAAAGACAUCAGGAAGCCUGCGACAGAAAGAGAAGCAGGAUUCACUCACGUGUCUGAAGGCCCGCUCGAUCAGAAAGUACAGUUCAGCAUCUUUCUCCCAAACCAGAAGUUCAAGGCAGAACUCGCUGAUCCCAGAUCUCCAUACCACCAAGAACUGGCAGAAAAGUCACGGCUGCAGUUGCAAAAGGAAUUUAAGAAAGUUCCAGGAUUCAAAGAAAUCCAUGUGUUAGGAUUUAGACCAAAGAAAGAAAGAGAUGGUUCAAACUCCAUCGAGGUACAACUGGCAGCCAUCUUUAAGAGAGACCAAGCAAAACGCCCCCCAAGUGAUCUCCUGCCUUUCGAUUCCAACAAAAUUGAACCUGAAGGAGCCCACCAAGGAACCGUGGAAGAGGACAAACGACCAGAAAUCCAUCUCCUACCUGUAGACCUCAAAAAACUCCUCAGCAGAAUAGUAGAAGACCAGUCCUUGGACGCGGGGACAGCACAGAUCUCUGAUGAAGUGAUGGGGUCAUCUCCAGUCUCUGAACCCGAUACCCAGUCAGGACUGCUUACCACUCCAGCCAGUAUCACCCAGGGAAUCAUACGUCUGGCAUAUGAUUAUGAUUUCAUAACUCUGUCACCGCUGUCCUCACUUAGGCUGAUCUGUGUCAUCGCAUCGACUUCUCUGUUCUGCGAUCCCAGGGUUGAAAUGACCGGGGCCAUCCGCACCAGCACCGGCCCGGGCCGGGGCGCAGAGCUCGUGGUGUUCUUCAGCCUGCGCGUGGCCAACCUGCCCUUCUCCCCGGACCUGGCCGACAGGAGCUCACCCGAGUACCGCGCGCUGGAGCGGCGCUUCACGCAGCUGCUGGUCCCAUAUCUGCAGUCCAAUCUCACUGGAUUCAGGCAGCUGGAAAUACUCAGCUUCCGCAAUGGGAGUGUGAUCGUGAACAGCAAGGUGCACUUUGCUCGCUGGGUGCCCUACAACCUCACCCAGGCUGUGCACGGGGUCUUGGAGGAUUUUCGGUCCUCGGCAGCUGAACUGGACCUGGAAAUCGACAGCAACUCUCUCAACAUUGAACCAGGCGACCAGGCCGACCCCUGCCGCUUCCUGGCCUGCGGGGAAUCCGCCCAGUGUGUCUGGAACGCGUGGACCCAGGAGGCUGAGUGCCGCUGCCCGGAGCAAGGGCUCGGGGAUGCCCAGCCCUGCGCCCCCGCGGAGGGCGCCGCCAGAAUGUUCGAUGUGGAGCCCUAUUCCCUCUUUUCAUCACAAACCUCUGCGGCCCCCAGGAAGUUCCUCCACUUCAAUGUGGGGCGCAGGUGGAGCACCGUGGGUGCUCAGAGGGUCCCAGGACCUGCUCCAUGUCCAUCAGUCAUUCCAGUUCCUAAGUGGAGGUCAUCAAUUUUGCACCUGAUCAUUCAUGACCUGAGAAGCAGCUAA